UGAUUCACUCGCCUUCUCUAUACCGCCUUUCUAAACCGCUGAGAGAGGUGAAUGGCUGUGGAAACGUUCUGAGAACGUUCUGCAAGUCAAGUAGUGAUCUACUGCGUUGUCGUUGUCGUUGGCGUGCCGUUGGUUGGCAGCAGACAGCUCACUCCACUCACCGUCCAGCCGCCGGCCGGCCGACACGACACGACGGUCAGCUUUCUGCGGCGCUAACCUACUCGAGCAUCCUGAAAAGGCAUCUUGGGCGAUCUACGGCUGGAAGUUGGGGUCGAGUAUCAAUAUUGAGCUCACAGCAUCGUGUCGCUUCAAAGGAUGGAGUCGUUGCCAGACGACGUGCUGUUGGAGGUGAUGCAGUAUGUGGCCGUGCCGGACCUCUUCGCGUGCCGUCUCGUGUGCAAGCGCUUCCUGGACCUCGUUCAGCAUGGGGACGUGUGGCGGCUGCGGCAGCUCGACGAGACCGACCCCUGGAUGUGCACGGUGCUGCGCCUGGCGCCGUGCUUGGAGGAGAUGCGCUUGGCUCUCCCGCUCAAGAGAUGCCACACCCCGUUCACGACCAAGUGUGCAGUGGCUGACUUGGCUUUGGACUUCAGGGACAGCGACACGCCCUUGGACGCCGUGCAGGCCGCCUUCGUCAUCCGCCACCAGGCCGCGCUCGGCCGUCUGAAGCGGAUUGAAGUCAGCUAUCUCGAGUUGCCUUAUUUCGAAUGGGCUGUACUGUCAGGGACCUUAGCAUCGACGGCCGGUCUCGAAGCGCUGCAACUUGAUGUCCGGGUUAUUGGGAGCCCCGCGCCGGCCCCGGUGCUCCACGGCGCCGUGUCCACGGCGUCGCUGGAGGCUUUCUUCUGCAUCCUUGUGCCUGAGUUGGAGCCGUUCUGCAGGUGCAUUCUCACAGUGCACAGCGCCACUCUGCAUGUGGUUACUCUGAACGACCACUGGCGCGACCAGCGGCACUACUCAACCACGACUGCGACGUGGCUGGCGCCCAGGCUGGCCGGCAUGCCGAACCUUACACAUCUGCAGUGCACUCUGCUCCCCGGGAUGGAGGCGCUGGCGACGUGCUCUUCGCUGAGGAGCGUGAGAAUCGACGUUCAGUCUAACGCGCCAGAGCUUAUUCGAGGAGCGGCCGCGUUCCUACGCCACGCCACUCAGCUGCGCCAGGUCUGCCUGCUGUGUAUCAACCCCUCUAUCCACCCUCUAUCUGACGUUGGCAAGGACCUGGUGGUUGCACUGGCCUCGUCCGGGAAGUCCCGCGUGAUGCAGCUGUCAAUCAGUUACCCGAACAAAAACUCGGAUGCUGAUUUCUCCGCGCAGCCACCGGUCGAGGCGCUGUCGUCGCUUCCGGUCCUGGAGUCCCUCAGCAUUACCGGCCUGCCCGAAGAAGUGCUGCCCGGCAUUAGCCCGACCACAACCCCAGCCCUGCGGACCCUCGCGAUUUGUCCGGUCGAACCGCCCAAGGGCUGCGCCCACGCCUGGAUGCACAGCGACGCAGUCAGGGCCGUUUUGUCCUUGAAUCCCUUGCUACACAUUAAGCUGUCUUUUUCAAAAGGUUCCUGUCAAGGGGAACUUUGCCAGUGGUGUUCAAUGGGUUGUCACCGUGACAUGUGGGGUUUCAAGCGCAUUGCUGUUUUCUCCCAUGACCCCAGCGUUAAAUGUUUACAGAACCACAGUGAUGACCGUUUUUGGAUACAUGUCUCUCAUUAAAACAUUUCGAAGUGGAACUGUUUGAUGUUUCCACUUGAUUUAUGUUGUAUGUGUCCUGUCAAGUAUUUUUUCUCAAAAAUAAAAUGUCUUCAAAAGUU